UGUGUUGUUGCUUGUGUCCAGCUCCAGUCAGUGCUGCAGUGGAUUAGUCAGCCGCAUUUAUUUUAAGGGUGUGCAGGCAGAGCGCAGGAGUCUCGGUCAGUUUGCAAGUGUCACAUCUUCAAGAUGCAGCAAAUCUACAUGCACAGCAAUGAACACUUUGAAGUCUUCACCACUGUCCUUGCUCCUCAAGGGAGAUAUCGAUACAGGACAGAAGCUGAAAAGAUGGUAGUGGUGCACAGCUACAGGCCUCACUGGCCAGAUGAGCUGGAGCUGUCCCCUGGUGACGUCAUCCUGGUUCUGUCCAAACAUGAGGAGAGGUGGUUUGGGCGGCUGCAGGACGGGCAGCAGGGCUACUUCCCCGCCUCAUGCGUGAUGGAGCUGGGCCAGGUAAAUCUGCCUCCAAAAGGCCUACGGAGGAGUUUAUCUCUGAGGAUCUCGGUCGGUGACACUGAACGCGUCAGAUAUGGAAAUGGACACAUUCUGCAGGCACUCAGGAGGGGGAGCAGAGGAGGUGGAGUGGCAGCAGCAGGAGGUGGAGGAGGAGGAGUGGGGUUGGAUGGGGGCCAGGGUGAGCGCGAGGGCCCCUUCCUGGUGCAGAGGCCCCAGAUCCCUGCUCCUCAGCCUGUGGCCUCCCAGCCCCAGACACAGAGAUCUCCGAGCCUGCUCCACAGGAUCUUGUCCAAGUGCCGGAAAAAGAGUGAAUGCCAGGGAGCCACCAAUGGGGCCUUCGAGGGCGACUAAGAAGCCCUUUUCUUUGUCUUGGGUGGCUGAGCUGAGUUCACUUUGGUGGGGCUGCGCUGGGGGAGUAGGUGGGUAAACACAGGGGCUUCUGGAAUAAACACGUCUUGAAUAUCGUGAUGUGGGGCCAGUGCCUGUGCCGCAUCAGAUAUUCUUGACUUAGCUGCAUUUCUAGAAGCCAGGAAGAGGCUAAAGGCAGCCACCUCAAUUAGUGAUGUCGCACAGGUCUUUUUGCUCAUUGCGUUUGAUUGACAGGCGUGCUGUGACAUCACUGAUGGGGGCGUGGCCACAGGUGCCAGAGAGUUUGAAUGUACAGACAGCAGAGCAGUGGUUCUUUUCUGACCAGCAUGCCGAGAAAAAAUGCUAGAUUUAUGCUUCAAAAACAGUCACUGCAACCAUAUGUGUAAUAACAUAGCAGCUAGUGGCAGCCAGGGAAGCAAUAAGUAGCCUUUUUCUAUAACAUUGUGCGUGUAUUGUCAUUCUUAUUUCUUAACUUCAUUUGCUCAUGUGAGUUGUUGAUAUAUAUAUAUUGCUGCAUAAUAUGGAAAUUAUUAUUGCAAUGAUGAUAAAACCAGCAAACCCUUCCUG